AUGUCGCUCACGCUCACCUUUCACAGAGAAAAGCGGCAAUCGUCGAAGCCUUUACAUGUUCGAGGGGACCAGCUGAAGGACAGAGUGAAAAACUUUACAUUUGACUUUUCAUAUGACUCAUGUGACAGAGGAAGCCCCGCGUUUGCAUCCCAGGAAAGGAUUUUUCUAGACUUGGGCUCUGAUGUCCUGAACGCAGCAUUUGAUGGCUUCAAUGCCUGUGUGUUUGCCUAUGGCCAAACAGGCUCAGGGAAAUCUUACACCAUGAUGGGUCAUAAAGAAGAUAAAGGUUUAAUCCCACGGAUCUGUGAAGGACUGUUCGCAGAGAUAUCUCACAGAAGCAAGAGUGAUGGUGUGUCCUUCCACACGGAGGUCAGCUAUCUGGAGAUCUACAAUGAACGUGUCCAGGACCUUCUCCGGAAGAGAACACCACCCACAGAUGGUGGAGGCUUGAGAGUGAGGGAGCACCCCAAGGAUGGACCUUAUGUAGAGAAUCUGUCCAAACACUUGGUACACAACCACAGUGACAUCGAGGACCUCAUCAUGCUUGGCAAUGCGAACCGCACCACGGCCUGCACGGACAUGAAUGACUGCAGCAGCCGCUCCCACGCCAUCUUCACCAUCAUGUUCACCCAGGCGCGGUUUGACGCAGAGCUGCCACGUGAGACUCGGAGUAAGAUGCACCUGGUAGACCUGGCAGGCAGCGAGCGAGCCGACGCCGCGCGCACCACAGGCGUCAGGCUGAAGGAAGGUGCCAACAUCAACAAAUCCCUGGUCACCUUGGGCAGCGUGAUCUCAGCGCUGGCUGACCUGAGUGUGGGAGAACAGUCAGCAAAAAAGAAGCAGAUCUUCAUUCCUUACAGAGACUCUGUGCUGACUUGGCUUCUCAAAGACAGCCUGGGUGGAAACUCCAUGACUACUAUGAUAGCAACCGUUUCUCCUGCUGAUGUGGACUACGGGGAGACUCUGAACACUCUGCGCUAUGCCACCCGAGCUAAAAACAUAAUGAACUCUCCCAUGGUGAACGAAGAUGGCAGCGUGAAGGUGAUCAGAGAGCUGCACGUAGAGGUCACCAGGCUCCGAAGACUGCUAGAAGAAGUCACUCAGGUUUUCCAUGAGGAAAUGUCUUCCUCUGUGAAGGUAGAGGAGAAACUGCGUCAGAAUGAGGCAAAGGUUGAAGCACUGACCAAAGAGUGGACCAGCAAAUGGAGGGAGACUCAGAGCAUUCUGCAGGAGGAGGCUGUGGCUCUGAGGAAGGCAGGAAGUGGCGUCUUGUUGGACUGUCAGUUACCUCAUCUGAUCGGCAUCGACGAAGGCCCACUCGGCUCUGGAGUCAUCCUCUGUUAUUUAAAAGAGGGCAGAACCUUGAUUGGGAGUUCUCAAGCCUCAUGCUGUCAGGGCAUCGAGCUCCGUGGGCCUGGGCUCCUUGGUGAACAUUGUGUGCUGGAAAACCGUGCUGGGACCGUGACUCUCCUCCCUCAGGAUGGUGCACAGUGUUCAGUCAAUGGCUCUGUGGUCACUGAUCCCUGCCAGCUGACUCAGGGUGCAAUCAUACAACUAGAAGGAGGACCCACGCUCCACUUUAACCACCCAACUGAAGCUUCCCAGCGGACAGGGAAAUGCCAGAGUGGGCUGCAGUCUGUCUUCAGCCUGUCUUUGACUGACUUAUCCAAAUCUACUGAGAAUCCCAUUGAGGUGAUGCUGCAAAAUUCCAGGGGGAUGGAAGAGAAGCUCAGCCAGCAGGGGGUGGGAUGGCAGCAAGUUCUGGAAAGCCUGCACAGAUGCAACCAGGACAUCAAAAGACUUCCAAAGGAAAACCGUGGGGCUCUCCAUCAACAGACAGCAGGAGAGAAAAUCAAGACUGCAGAGAGCUUUUUCAGACCGAUGGAUGUGGUGGAUGCAGAGACAGCAGAGUCUGAAGGCCCAAGCAUCUGGCUCACCUCCUCCCCUAAAGAGAAGUUCAUGACUACAGCCAUACCUGGAAGACAUCUCGUCCCUCACGCUAGUUUUGAGUUGGAUGGAGAGACACUACAGGGUGGAGUAAGCACCAGGGAUGGCCAGGAGCAGGAGAGGGACUUGUGUCAUAAAUCAGGGCCAGGGCUCGUGUCUGAAAGGCUGCAGAGGAUAGCUCAGACUGAGGCUGAAGUUGCAAGUUGUAAGAGAGAAGAGGUUUGGUCAAGGGAUGCCAGCCUCCAGCAGAAAAGUGUCCUGGGCCCAGGUGAUGGAUGUGGCAUGAAGCCAGAAGGGAAUGCUAAUGAGAUCCAAGGUGUUGUGACUGACUGCUACAAGGGGAGACCUGGCUCUGGUGGGAUCUCAUUAGGCAGCAUGUCCCACCUGCAGAGCAGAGGAGGAAGUAGCUCCAUGCCGGUCCUGCCACAGACCAGCACUCAUUCUCAGCUCGACAGAAAGCCUCUGAGCAGUGAGGCGGCAUGCUGUCCGCCCAAAGAAACCACCUUCGAGGGCCAGUUCAGUUGUGGAGAGAUGACUGAAUCUAAAGAUUUGGAAGAGAUCCCGGGAGUGUGUGUGACUGAGGCUGCAGCAGCCACAGUUCAAAGCUCAGGGCUCGGCUCUUUGUUCAACAGAGUUUCUUGGAUUGUGCAGGAUGCAGGACGUGUCCUUUGGAACUCUCCGACAACUUUGCAGCAAGUCAUGGAAGUCAGAUUACAGGCUGUUGGGGCCCGCUGGUCCAGUCAUAUCAUCUCUCUGGUCAGGGAUAGUAAUGUUCUGUCUGUCGUGAAGGACAGCCAGGUUUUCUCCAUGGUCAAAGGGAGUUUCGUCUUCUCUUUUUUCAGGGACAGUCGCAUUUUUUCCAUAGUGAAAGGACUACCUCUUAUACAGUACAUCCAGAUGGAUAUCACUCAAGCCCUUCAGCCUGAAGAGGCAGCUCAGAUGAUUCAGGGCUGCAUUCAUCCUAACACACAACUCCCAGCCCUGACACCAACACAAACCUUAAACGAGGUAGAUGAUGUGCAACUUGUCCCAGAGGAUAUCUGGAGAACGAACAGGAGUAUCAGUGACCUGCAGUCACCAGAAGAGCAACACAUGGUUGAUACCCAUAGGAUUGUAGCUCUCUACUGGCUAAAUGUGGCUAAUUGCAAACAACCUGAGCCCCAGCCCGCCCUCCUGAUCCUGAUGGAAACUGUCCUCUAUACCCUGACCACAGACUCUGGGGCUCUGGCUUUGUUCUAUCACCUCCCUUUGGUGCAGCUGAAGGAGAUUCAGAUAGGUUUAGCAGGCCACAGUCUGCGUUUGAUGGGCACCACAGAAGAAAGUAUCCUAGGUGUCUACACCCACAGCCAGGAGCACACUAAGGAGCUGUGCUGGGCCAUACUUGAUGUUAUGUGCACUGGGGACAGCAAG